GAUUCGAUUAACUGCACACCGCCUCAUUUUAACUGACGUCACAGAAAAAUUCUCAUGUACGCGCAUUCCGCACACACCAGGAGAUAUAUUCAGCAACAUGAGCACAGAAGCACAUUCAAGGGCUUCGACAGUCACCGAUGCAGGGAAGUGGGAGAAGAGGAAAAUCAGUCGCUCGGAGCCUUAACACCUUGCAAUGGGAAAUCGCGCCACAUGGGUCACAAACGAUUCCAUCAUUAGACCAGUGGGAUUUUACAUCGUCGGAUUUACCAAUUUAAAGUUUGCUGAUUUUUAUUUUAUCUUCCUUGCAGUCGUAUAUAUUGUAACGGUUUUGUUCAACUCCAUUCUCAUUUCCAUUAUAUAUAUAGAUUAUCGCCUGCACACUCCAAAGUACAUUGCGGUGGCCAAUCUGGCGAUCGUCGACGUGAUGCUGAGUACAAGCAUUAUACCUAGUAUGUUAAAGCUAUUUCUUGCGAAAGAAAACUUUAUGUCCUACAAUGUAUGCUUGACACAAAUGUUUUUCGCUUACACCUUUUUUACAUUAGAGUCAUUUUCCCUCAGUGUACUUGCCUAUGACAGGUUAAUUGCAAUAUGUUUCCCAUUGAGACAAAGCUCUAUCAACACAAUCAACGUCAUGGCCACUAUUUUAGUCGCUGUUUGGUCAUUUUGCAUAAGUCUUUCUAUGUUCGCAGUCAUAAUUCUCACCAGGCUGUCUUUCUGUAAUUCUCUUAUUGUGAAGAGCUACUUCUGUGACUAUGCGCCCGUGUACUCGCUGUCUUGCAAUGAUCACAGCUUGCAGUACGCCACUUUCUCUGCUGUGAGUUUGAGUACUGUGCUUGUGCCCUUUAGUUUAAUAGUUGUGUCAUACGCCUGUAUUUUGACAGCCGUGUUUAGGAUGAAAAGCACCGAGAGCCGGUACAAAGCACUCGCAACCUGCACAGAACAUCUCGUUCUAGUGGCAGUUUUCUAUGUGCCGAUCAUGGCAAUGUAUGGCAUUGUGCUUUUCUUAACAAUUUCCCAAAUCGAUCAAGAUAUCGCUGGGGUGCUCGUGUCAUUGGCCACAUGCGUGCCGCCCUGUCUGAACUCCAUUGUGUAUUCCCUGGCUACCAAAGAAAUCAGGAACAGAAUACUGGCUAUGCUGCAGAAAGUCAAGGUAGCAGUGUGGGCAUAGACCCAAAGGUUGCAGUAAAAUGACAUUUUCAAAUGAAUAAAAUCCAUUCAUUUUUAAGCCUUGGUGUUUUGCUUCAAUUGAACAUGUCUAUGUGAUGUCGCAUGUCAGUGCAGUUCAAUUGUAUCUUCUUGGAAAAGGAGACACCCCCCAGCACAACCACAACUACAACCACAACCGUUUGAAAGUUCAAGUGUUGCAUUGGCAGCUGUACCAGUUUAUUUUGCUGUGGUGUUCUUGAGUAAUACUGUAAUACAUCAUUGUCACCGAGCCAUUUUUCUGAAUUUACCAACCUAGUUAAAUAAAGUUAAUUCCAUUCUAGUUAUUCUGAGAAUAACUGGGGGGUUUACGAGAGAAAGGUGUUCAUUCAGACCAAUAUAUAUAGUA